AUGAGGAAUUCUGAAAAAGUAUAUCUAGAAGAAGGGGAUUGUGUUUGGUGCAAUAAAACCCCUUCUACAAUUGAGAAAAAUAAUCUAUUAUAUAGUUUAUGUCGUAUAAUAGAAAAAAAAAAUGAUAAAAAAGUUUUAUUAACUGAAUGCGAAAGUGGUGACAAUGGUUGCACUUUUUUAUGUGAUUUAGAAAAUUUAUAUGGAGCAAAUAGACAGCAACUUCCACUAGAACAAGAUGAUAUAAUAGAAUUAAAAUAUAUAAAUAAUCCUACAGUUUUGCAUCAUUUACAUGAAAGAUACAAAAAUGAAAUAUUUUAUACUAAAAUGGGUCCAUUAUUAAUUUAUAUUAAUCCAAAUAAAAAUAUAAAUGGUGAUAAUGAGAAAACAAUUGAAAAAUACAAAUUUAAUACAAAUGUUGAUGAACUAAAUUUGAAUAUAUAUCAUAUAGCAAACACAGCUUUAAAUAAUUUAAAUAUUUUAAAAAAAAACCAAUCCAUUAUUAUAAUGGGUGAAUCAGGGUCUGGAAGAAGAGAAAUAUCAAAAAAAAUUAUAAAUUUUCUUUCAUAUAAUAGAAAUACAGAAAAUUUUUCAGUAAACAAUAAUCAAGAAGAACAAAAUGUUUCAUAUAUAUUAAAGUCAUCUCUUAAAAUUAUAGAAGCAUUUGGAAAUGCUAAAACAGAAAAAAAUAAUAAUUGUAGUAGAUCUAUAAAACUUCAUACAGUAUUUAUGAAUGAUAAAAAAGUUAAAUCAUUUGAAAUAAAAAAUAUUUGGUUGGAUAAAAAACGUUUGAUAAGUAGAGGGAUAAAUGAAAGUUCUUUUAAUAUAUUUUAUUAUAUUUUAAAUGGAUCAGAUGAUAUAUUCAAGAGAAAAUAUUUCUUAAAAAAUAUUGAAGAUUAUAAAAUUUUAAAAAAUGAAAACAUGCGUGAAAAAUAUGAAGAUGAACAUGGAUUUUCACAAUUACUAAAAUCUCUAGAUUACAUAUUUGUGAAAGAAGAAAUUGAAUUUAUUUUUUCAGUUCUCUCAGCAUUAUUAUUAUUAGGAAACAUGGAAAUUUUAGAAAAUUCUGACAAUUUAACCCUUCAACAAAAUUUUCUACGUCAAAUUGAAGUAAAUUAUAAAGAAGAAUUAAAAAAAUUAGAACAAAAUUUUUAUGAAGAACAAUCUGAAGAUAAUACAAAAAUAUUUCUAAUUGCAAGUAAGUUACUUAAUAUUGAACCUGAAGUUUUAUUAAAUUAUUUUAUAAAAGAUGAUACAUUCAAUGAUGUAAUACAUUCUAAAGCUUAUAAGGAAAUAGAAAUAAGAAAAAGAAUAGAAUGUUUUAUAAAAACAUGUUAUGAAGAAUUAUAUAAUUGGAUAAUUCUUAAAAUAAACAGCAAAGUUAACCAAAAUGAUAUAAAUAAGAGUGAUCCCUAUAUAAAUAUAUUGGAUAUAAUGUAUUUUGAAAAUUUAAAGGAAAAUUCAUUAAAUGAAUUAUUGAUAAACACAACAAAUGAAACUAUAAGAAAAAUAUACAUUGAUUUUUUCUUUAAGAAAAUAUCAAAUAUUUACAAAGAAGAAGGAAUAGAAUCAAAUCAAUUAAAUUAUAUGGAUAAUGAAAAUUUGUACAAAAUAAUAGUAUCUAAAGAAGAAUCUUUAUUCUCCUUUUUAGAAAAUGCAUGCAUAAAAAAAACACUUGAUAAAAAGAAUUUAUGCCCGUUAAUUAUUAAAAGAUUUAAGAACAAAGAAUAUAUAAAAAAAAGUUCAAUAAUAAAAAAUACUUCAUUUGUUAUUGUUCAUUCUUGUGAAAAUAUAACUUACAAAACUAAUAAUUUUAUAGGUGAAAAUGUUGAUAUUUUAACACGUAAUUUUAUUGAAAUGAUUAAAAAAUCUGAAAACACAUGCAUGAAACAGUUAUGUUCUUCCUAUAACUAUGACAUAAGAGGAAAAAUAAUGAAAGAAAAUGUGAGACAUAAUCUUUAUCCUCAAUAUAAUUUGUUGAAAGAAGAAUAUGAAUCAAAAAAUCAAAUGUUAGUUACAUUAAUGAGAAAUAAUUUAUUAGAAUUAACAAAAGUAAUCGAAUCCACCUUUUGUCAUUUUAUAUUGUGCUUAAAUGCACAUGAAAAUAAAAACGAAUUUGAUUUUGAUAGAAAAUUAGUCUUAAAUCAACUUAACAAAUUCCAUAUUUUAGAAUUAGCGCAAUUAAAAGAAGGAUAUUUUCCAUAUAUAUUCACCUUCUCUAAUUUUUUAGAAACUUUUCAAUCUCUUCAUGAAAGUGAUAAUCAAAUAAAUGAUGAUAAUAAUAAAAAAAAGUUAGUCAAUAAAGAAAGAAUUAAAAACUUAUUAAACUCAUAUUACAUAAGUCCAAAGGAUUGGCGUAUAGGUAAGAAUAUGAUUUUUCUAAAUGAAAGAUCUAUAAAAAUGCUGAUACAAAACAAUCUUUCCAAAUUAAAGAUAUUUGAAAGUAUUGAUAAAACAGAUAAAUAUUCUUAUAAUAAAUUAUCUUCAAAUGAAAAUAAAACACCAUUUGAGUUAGAAAAAAUAACAGAAAAAGUAACAUAUAUAAAUGAAACAACAAAAUCAAAUAUAAAAAUACAAAAAAAAGAAAAAGUUAUGGAAUUAUAUUCAAGAAAUUUAAAUAAUGAAUAUAAUGACAAAAAUGAAAAAGAAAAUGAGUUAUUAAAUAUAAUAGAUUUAAAAAAUACAGGUACAUUUAAUGAUGAUAACUUUUCUUUAGAUGAAUAUAAUAAAUAUUACACUACUGAUUAUAGUAAAAAUUAUAAAAGUAAAACAAAAAGUGUUGGAUUUACAUCAUUCAAGGAAGAUGAUGAUUUAUUACAAAAUAUGGAGUCAAGAAUUAUUGAGAACAAUGGAUCAAAUAAUAGAUUUCACAACACAUAUGGAGUAAUGAAUUUUAUCAAUAGUGUAACUAUUUAUAGCAAAAAGUUAAGAGAAAUACAUCAAGCCUUAAAAGAUUUUGAUCCUAUAAAUGAUAAACUCAAAAAAGACAGUGUAUUUAAUUUGGGAAUGGAAAACUUUUACACUGAAAAGGAAAUUUUUACUAGUUGUACAUCAGAAAAUAAAGAUGAAAAUAUGGAAAAAAUAAAUGAGGAUAAUGUAAAUGUAGACAUAAUGAGUUACAAUGAGAUAAGACCAAAUGAAAUAGAUAAAAAUCAAAUAAAUAAAGAUGAUAUAAGUGAAAACAAAAUAAUUGAAGAGGAUAUAAAUUAUAAUGAAAUAACAAAAGAUGAAAUAAAUGAUCAUAAUAUAACAGAUGAUGAAAUAAAUAGCAAUAAAAUAACAGAUGAUGAAAUAAUUGAAAAUGAAAAUAAUAGUUCAAAACUGAAUGAUUCAACUUAUGAAGAUGAUAAUUAUACAUUUGUUGAAAAAAAUAAGAGUUCUUUUGAUGAAACAAUCGAUGGAGAUAAUUUAGACGAAAACUUUUCUUUAACUAAAACUUUAAAUGCAAAUAAUAUUAAAUGUAUAAAUUAUCCCAUAUGUUGUCAAAAUAAUUUAAUGUGUCUCAUGAAUGGCUUAAUUAAUUACUAUAAUUUUCCAAAUGAAGGAAAUUACGAAAAUGAUCAUAAUGAGAAAAAGUUGUAUGAUGUAAAAAACGAUUAUUCUAUAAACUGUGUAUCUAAUAGUAAAUUUAAAGAUCCUAAAGAAAAACUUCAUUUAUUAAAUGAGCUAAAUGAUAUAUACAUAUUUAACUCAAAUGAAAAACAACUUGUUAUGAAUAUUAUAAAACAAAUUAAAAAUGAUAUAGAAAAAAACUACGGGAAUAAAUGGAAUAUAUUUUUUUGUUCAUCAGAUUGUUAUUUUAGAUCAUUUAUAUCUAAAGAAGAUGAAUUAGUUUUAAAAAAAAAUUACAGUGAAUUAAAAAAUAAGAUAAUGUUUAGUAAAGAAUUUCAUUUUAAUAAAGAAGUUAAUCAUGGAGUAUAUGAAUACGGAAAUACUAAUGUUGUAGAAUAUUUAACUUUACCAGAAAAUAAGAAAGUUCAUGAAAUUUACAUUUCUAAUAAUGUUAACGAAAAAUACUUAAAAGAUCACUAUGAAAUAAUUUGUUUCCAAUCAAGAAAAGUUAAUAAAUUCGAUUUCUUAAGUGCUAGAUCUUUUUUUAAAUCUAUAGAUUAUAAAAUAUUACAAACAAAAAAUAUAACACAUGUGCACAUUGAUUUCUCCUAUAUGAAUGAUCAAAUGAAAUAUAACUUUAAACAACAUUGUAUUAAUGAAUUUAUUAGUAAUCCAAAUAUAAGUAUGGAAGAUCUCUCAUAUAGCUUGCUAAAUUUAGCUACAUAUUUUUAUAAUGAAAGAAAUGGGACAUGGUGCGUUUUUAUUUCAACUGAAAAGACUUUUGCUGGUAUAGUUAAUAUAGUUAAAGAUCGUUAUUUAAGAAUGACAGUUCAAAAUCAAAAUAAAAAAUAUAAUAUUAUUUUAUUUGAAACACCUUCAUAA